UGAAGACGCGCUUUUGCUUUUUUAGCGUUGUUUCGUCAUUCACUUCCAUUGGGCGAACCGAGGUGGUUGAUAACAUUCUGUUUGGAAAAGCAAACAGAGAAAGGAACGUUGCUUUUCUUCCCCAGCUAUUUCCCACUGAAGAGUGAAUUUGAAAGACAUUUUCCACUCGAGAAAAUCCCAGAUUGGAGUCUCGACUUCACUCCACCGUCCCAGACAACGACUCUUUUCACUCGAUCAACAAGUUCUCACCCUCAAGAUAGUCAACCAUCACGGCUUCAAAGAACCUCACGACCUCUCUGGGCUAUCUUGAAAGUCGGCGUCUCUCAACUCUUUUCCGUCACCUCAACCUCAACCUCACCCACAAACCACCACCAUCACCACCAUCUCUCACUCAGAACAAUGUCCUCCCUCAAACGCAAAGCCGGCUCCUCCCAGCCUGGCCCCUCCCCCGACGCCAAAAAGCCCAAUCAAAACGGCAACAUCAUGUCUUUUUUCGGGGUUCCCAAGCCCGGCGGCCCUCUCAAUUCCUCUUCUCCAACCACUCGAUCGACCAGCCGCAGCCAAAGUCAGCUCAGCAACAGCAACAGCAGUACUACUACUACCGCUACUACUACCCCCGACCCCGCCACCGUAACCAAAAAGUUCAACAAGGAGAAAUGGGUAGCUUCUCUGACGCCCGAGCAACGCGACCUUUUACAGCUGGAGAUCGACACCCUUGAUGAGAGCUGGUUGGCGCAUCUGAAGGAGGAGAUUGUAACCAAGGAGUUUUUCGACUUGAAAAGGUUCUUGAAGAAAGAGUGGGAGACCAAGACGAUAUUCCCGCCCAAGGAGGAUAUAUAUAGCUGGUCCCGCCACACCCCCCUCCCCACCGUCCGCGUCCUCAUCCUCGGCCAAGACCCCUACCACAACCACAACCAAGCGCACGGCCUCUCCUUCUCCGUGCGACCUCCGACUCCCGCCCCGCCCUCCCUGCGCAACAUCUUCAUCGGCCUCGCACGGGACUACCCCUCCUUUACCCCCCCGCCCUCCAAGAGCGGGCUACUAACCCCCUGGGCAACCCGCGGCGUCUUGUUGCUCAACACAUGCCUCACAGUUCGCGCGCACGAAGCCAAUUCCCACGCGAACCGCGGCUGGGAACGCUUUACCCAGAAAGUUAUCGACUUGGUAAAUGAGCGACAGAAAAAGGGGGUGGUGUUCAUGGCGUGGGGAGCGCCGGCGGGGAAGCGGAUGGCCAAGGUGGAUGGGAAAAGACAUUUGGUGUUGAGGAGUGUCCAUCCGAGUCCGUUGAGUGCGCAUAGAGGGUUUUUUGAUGCGGGGCAUUUCAAAAAGGGGAAUGAGUGGUUGGAGGGAAGGUAUGGGAAGGAAGGAAGGGUGGAUUGGAGUUUGGUGGAGGGGAAGUCGAUAUUUGCUGAUGAAGAUGGGGAGAAGGGGAAAACAGAGGGGAAGGGUAAGGGGGAGGGGAAAAAGGAUGGGAAGGAUGGGAAGGGGGAGAAGGAAAAGAAAGAAGAAGAGGAGGAGGAGGAUGAGUUUGAAGGUGGAGAGAUUUUUGAUGAGGAGGGAUUAAAGGAGGUUGAGGCUGUUGUGGAAAAGGUCGUGACGGAGGAGGGCGGAAAGGAGGAGUUAAAGACGGAUUUGAUGGUGAAGAAGAAGAAGAAUAAGGGGGAGGAGGGAGGUGAUGAGAAUGCUAUUCCUGUUCCUGAGGAGGAGGAGGAGGAGGAGGAGCAGACGGAGAAGAUGGAGGAGGACUGAUGUUUGGGUGAUUUGAUGGGCUAAUUGGUUGUACAUGUUUGGAUCUGCGAGCUGGGUCGCACACAGUUUCUUUACCCAGGGGCAUGCGGCCGUUGUGUUACGCUACAAGGAGCCAAGUUUUGAUUGGACUUGGGAAAAGGGUACUUGCUGUUUUAGGGUUGGUGUUUGGAGUUAUUUGUCAGUAUUGCUCUUAGGUCUAGCUCGAGCGAGUUUAUAUAGAGCAUCAGCUAAUAGGCAUCUCGUCAGGCAACGGAGUAUAAAGACGGGUCAUGAUGUUGAA